CUUGACAGCCACCUGACUGGACAUACUGCAAGUCAUGACUGUAGGUGGCUAUAUAAGAACAUCUCUUUAACACAGCAUCUGCAUCACCUACAGUCAGGAUGAAGCUGCUGCUGGUUGCUGCUGCUGUUCUGGCUGUGGCCAGCUGUGCCAGCCUCUCUUUGGAAGACCUGGAGUUCCAUGCCUGGAAACUCAAGUUUGGAAGGUCCUACAGCUCUCCGUCAGAGGAGGCUCACCGCAGGCAAAUCUGGGUCAACAACCGCAGACUGGUGCUGAUGCACAACAUAAUGGCUGAUGAGGGCAUUAAGUCCUACCGCCUUGGCAUGACCUACUUUGCUGACAUGGAAAAUGAAGAGUACAAACGUCUGAUUUCCCAGGGUUGCCUGGGCUCCUUCAAUGCCUCUCGGCCUCGUAGUGGCUCUACUUUCCUCCGGCUCCCUGAAGGAGCUGAUCUGCCCAUCAGUGUUGACUGGAGGGACAAGGGAUACGUCACUGAUGUCAAAGAUCAGAAGCAGUGCGGUUCCUGCUGGGCCUUCAGUGCAACUGGCUCGCUGGAGGGUCAGACCUUUAGAAAGACAGGGAAGCUGGUGUCUCUGAGCGAGCAGCAGCUGGUUGACUGCUCAGGAAAAUAUGGCAACAUGGGUUGCAACGGAGGCUGGAUGGACAGUGCCUUCCAGUACAUCCAAGCCAAUGGAGGUUUAGACACAGAGGACUCCUACCCUUAUGAAGCUGAGGAUGGUGAGUGCCGUUACAACCCUGCCACCAUUGGAGCCAUUUGCACAGGCUACGUUGAUGUGACACAAGGUGAUGAAGAGGCCCUGAAGGAGGCUGUGGCCACCAUCGGACCUGUGUCUGUGGCCAUUGAUGCAUCUCAUCUGACCUUCCAGCUUUAUGAAUCAGGAGUGUAUGACGAGCCAGACUGCAGCAGUGAUGAGUUGGACCAUGGGGUACUUGCUGUGGGCUAUGGCAAUGACAACGGGCAAGACUACUGGCUGGUCAAGAACAGCUGGGGUCUACAAUGGGGAGACAUGGGAUACAUCAUGAUGACCAGGAACAAACACAACCAGUGUGGCAUUGCUACUGCAUCCAGCUACCCCCUGGUGUGAGCAGGUCCAGGGCUUUCCUCACUGAGGAGGAGAACAGUGACACAUAAUUUGUUUUAUUUUCAGAAAGAGUUAUGGGGAAAUCACCAUCACCUUGUUGUCUGUGCCCUGGUGCACUUUUAAUAGAAUAACCUUUUAAUAAAGAUUGUAAAUAAAUGUAAAGAGAUAAAAUGUUUAACAUGCAGAGAUAAAAAUAAACAUUUAUGUAUUUGU